UCCUUCCCAAUUUUUACGGACUGGCUCUCUGGUCCAAGCCAGGCGAAGACGGCUUACAGGCAAGGCUGGCAGGUGGCAGGCAGGCUCCCCUCGGGGGAUCGUUGGACGGACUUCUUGGGAUCGUUGGCCUGAGCUCAGCGGGAGAUGGUUCUUACUAGGCAGCUCGCUAUUUGAGAUACGGUUGCCCACCGGUUGGGAGGCAAGCCGUCAGGGGAGGAAGAGGAGAGGAGUCUAAGCUUGUCCUGUUGCUGAAUGUCCAGCCAGGUAGAGGAAGAGAGAAGUUUGCCACUCGCUCAGAGAUGGCCCAAAACAAGCACAUUCAUACUGUCCUCCUUCGCGUCUGUUGUUGCCGAGAUAACAACCUUUCCUCUUGAACUCACAAAAACUCGACUCCAGAUGCAAGGAGAAGCUGCACUUAACCGUAACCGUUUUUUCAAAGACAAUACCCCCUACCGGGGCAUGAUAAAGACAACCAUUGGCAUCAUACGGGAGGAAGGCUUUCUAAAGCUUUGGCAAGGAGGAAUAUCUGCAAUUUAUAGACAAAUAGUGUAUUCUGGGUUCCGAAUGGUCAUCUAUGAAUAUCUUCGUGACUCUGUUUUUGGGAAAUCCGAAAAUAACGUAUUUCCUCUUUGGCAAUCAGUCAUAGGAGGAACACUGUCUGGUGCAUUUGCUCAGUUUUUUUGUACCCCUGCUGAUCUGGUGAAGGUUCAGAUGCAGAUGGAAGGAAUAAGGAAACUCCAAGGAAAGCCUUUACGAUUUCAUGGUGUGCAUCAUGCCUUUCUAAAAAUCUCCAAAGAGGGAGGAAUGCGUGGCCUUUGGGUAGGUUGGGUGCCAAACGUCCAGAGAGCUGCCUUGGUGAACAUGGGAGAUUUAGUCACUUAUGAUUCAGUAAAGCGCUUGUUAUUAUUGAACACAUCACUUGAAGACAAUGUAAUGACUCAUGGCUUGGCAAGUAUAAGUUCUGGACUGGUAGCUUGUCUUCUGGGAACACCAGCUGAUGUCAUCAAAAGCCGAGUGAUGAAUCAACCAACAGAUGAAAAAGGAAGGGGACUGCUGUAUAAAUCUUCAACUGACUGCUUGAUUCAGAGUGUAAAAGGUGAAGGAUUUCUGAGUCUAUAUAAAGGCUUUUUACCAGGUUGGCUGAGAAUGAUACCUUGGUCAAUGGUAUUCUGGCUUACUUAUGAAAAAAUCAGACUUCUGAGUGGAGUUGAUCCAUUUUAAGACUUUAAAAAACAUAUACAUUUAACCUCAUUAAAACGUUGGUAUUCACAAAGUAUACCUAGUGCUAUUGCUACCUCUUCAGGAAGACACUAUUUCAUCAAGAAUGUACUUUUUUGGGUAGCAGCCCUAAAUUUUCUUUCUUAAGGUCCAAGUGCCCUUGACCCCUUCUCUUGUUCCAGGAAAGGCUCAAUGUAUAUCACAAUAUUACCCAAUGAGCUCCAACACAGCACCUUCUAAAGAAGAUUCUGAUCCUGGAUCCUGACCACCCACAACCUGGGAUCUAGUCUUUGGGACACUCAGAUGGAUGCAACUUCAAGGAGUCCUAGUGAUGAAGCAGCUGCUCAGGCUUAAAAUACAUGCUAGAACAUAAAAGAAAGCAUAUGUCUCUCUUGAAAUGUACAUAGCCAGAGAAGU